AUGCCGGAUUAUACCUAUUUUCGAAGCCUAUGGUGGAAGGAAGGAAAUAUUCAUCCAGAAGCAAAGUGGGAAGAAGCUACGCUUCCACACGUGCUCGCUGAGGGCGUGACUUUGGACGAGUACGAACGUCGCACCGACGAGUUUAACGUUCAUGGUUUAUGGGAAUGGACGAAUUAUAAAGUCUCGGUUUAUGAACUUCCAUUAGAUCCACAUGAAACUUGCGUUAGCGCAAUUAUUAAGUAUAUUAAUCGGAGCUGGAGUGGUGUUGACGAUACCGACGCCAGCAUUAUGGGCCAAGGAGCAUCCCGAACUCGUGCUGACCGUUCUGGAAAAGAGCCAGACGCAUCGUAUCGUCCAAUGAAACCAAGAGUUCCUACACCAACCGGAAGUGAUGGAAAGAGGAAACCAUGGCCAAAUAUUAUUGUGGAAGUCGCAUAUACUGAAAGUAUAGAACACGUAUUCGAAAAGGUGAAAGAUUACUGGCUAAAGGAUCUUAGUCGCGCACAUGACGCAAUAGUUGUUAAAAUCGAUCCGAUUUUUGAGGACGAAACACCUUCACGCAUGCGAGCGUGGCAUUUUUGUUCCACUGACAGAAGAACACGAAGAGGAGAACUUCAACAUCGAACUCAUGUAAUGUCAAAUAUAGGAUAA